AUGGCGGAGGGGCGUAGUGGGACAACAAAGUUCACAAGUGCUAUGGACAUACCUGUGGAGUUUGUAGAAAAGAACGUGAAGUUGCGGGGAAAAUUACACCAGGUAACUGACAAGGGCCUGGAAGUCGAACAUGUUCCAAUUAGCAUCCCUUUCAUCACGGCAAUGCAGAGGAAAUGGCGAUCACAGGGUUUGCUGCUGGUGAAGCUGGCAGGGGUGGAGAUGGCUCCUGGUGGUGUGGCCUGGCUGCAGCAGGAGGUGAAGCCCCGACAAGUGGUGUGGUUCCAGCUCCUGGGAAGGGAGGACUUGGCGCUUGAGUGCCUUGUUUUAGUGAAUAAGGGUCAGUUUCGCAGUCUGUGCUUAAAUGAAGAGAUCUUGAGCCGCGGGCUCGGCAGAACAGCACGAAUUGAGGGGCUGCAUCACGAGUCCCUCCUCUAUUGGAAACUUCACAAGAGCCUGCUUCGAGCAGAGCUAAAGGCCUUGAAGAAAAAGAAAGGAAUAUGGAAAGAAGAAAGCUACUCUGAAAGAAUUAGAGAUCAUAUAAGCAACAAUAAAUUU